AUGAAAUAAUUGUUAUUGUAUUUGCUAUCCUUUCUAAUGUAUUCUUGCAUUAGUGGCGAAGCCAAAUUGAAUUAUAAAUUAGCAGAAGGUUCAAAACGAAAAUUAGAAGAGAGUAAACCAAAUAUAACAUCUUUACCAUGGGAACCAAUAAGAAUUCAUUAUGAAUUCUUAUAAAGCACAUAUGAUUCCAAAGCAAUGACAUUUUUAAAAAAGGUUCUAGAUAUAACAACCACCCUUUUUUAAAGAUAUUUAUUAGUACAAAGAACUAAUUCUAAGAUUACUUAUAAAAGUAGUUAUCCUGAUUAAAUAUUUGGAUUUACUAUAAGUUAAGAAUUGUAAAAUAAAGAAUAUGAUGCAGAUUUGGUAUACUAUAUAAUUUAUAGUAGGUUUUAUUUAUUAAUCUUGAGAAUUCAUUUUUCGCAUCUUAUUUAGCUUAUUGUGGUCCUGCAAUUUUUGAUGAAGUAACAUUAAGACCAAUAUUUGGAUUGGUUUCUUGGAAUAUAUUUUAUACAGAAUUGGAAUCAAUGACUAAUUCAGUAUUUGAAACUAAUGUUGAGAUAGCAGUUCAUGAAUUCAUUCAUGGAUUAGGUUUUAUAGAUGAUUACUUCUUAAGUUAUUAUGAUUCAUUCACAGGAGAAAGUUAUAAUACUUCAACUACUUAUGAAUAAUCAUAUGUUACUUAUUUGUCAACACCAAGAAUAACUAAUUUUGCAUAAUAUCAUUUUAAUUGUACAACAUUAAAAGGAGUAUAAAUGGAAGAUAAUGGAGGAUCUGGAACUAGAGGAUCUCAUUUUGAAAGAAGUCUCUUUUAUAAUGAAAUAAUGACAGGUUCAGAUAUGACAGGAAACUUUUUAAUUACAGAUUUUACAUUUGAAUUAUUGUAAGAUACAGGGUAAUAAUUUAUUAUUAAUAUUUUAGAUUUUAUAGAAUAGCAGAUUAUUCACCUGAUUAAUCAAUGUGGGGUAAAAAUUAAGGAUGUGAAUUUGCAGAAAAAAAAUGUAAUGGAGGCAGUUUUUCAGAAUUUUGCACUGAAGAUAAUUCUUAGGGUUGUUCAUUUUAUAAAACAGGUGUUUCAAAAUGUACUUCAGAAAAAUUAUCAGGACCUUGUAGGUAUUUUUACAUUAAUUCUGGCUUUGAUUGCAGAGAUCCUGAUAAUAUUGAAGCUUAAAAAUCAUCUGAAUUUAUUUAACAUUUUGGAUUUGAUAGUAUGUGUAUUUCUGGAUCUGUUUCAAAAAAAGAAACUUAUUCAAAAUUCUCUUGCAUCUAAUAUAAAUGUGAUCUAAACAAUAAAUUAUCACUUGUUAUUGAAGGAUAAGAAUUUGAUUGUUCAAAAGAAGAAAAUAUCAAACUUCCUGAAUCUUAUUAUGGAAAUAUUACAUGUCCUUCAAAUUCUUCAUAAUUUUGUUAAAAUAGAGAUGGAUGUCCUAAUCUUUGUAGUUCAAAAGGGUUCUGUAUGAAUAAAGAAGUAUUCCAUUAUUUAAAUAUUAAAGUGUGUUUGUAUGGUAGGAUACUCAUCAGAUGAUUGUAGUGUAGAAUGUACCAAAUAUAGAUACAAAGGUAGUUGUUUAGACCAAUGUCCAGAUUCUACUUAUGUAUACGAAAAUAUUAAGUAUUGUGUUGGAUGUCCAGCUGUAUUAAUUAUUUCUUAUAAUCUUAGAAUUGUUUGACAUGUACAAAUUAUAAUUAAUGUACAUCAUGUAAACUAGGUUAUGUUUUAAGAGGAUCGUUUUGUGAUAAUUAUCAAUUGAUUGAUCUACUUACAGGUAAAUUACCAAUUUCAAAUUCCGCAUCUAAUAAUUCUACCUCUAAUUCAACAAAUACUGAUGCUAAUUCAUCUGAUACUUAAAAUAAUAAUAAUACAAAUACAAACGUAGAUACAACUAAUGAUCCAAUCACUGAAUCAAAUACAAAUAAUACAACUNGUAACAUUAAGACCAAUAUUUGGAUUGGUUUCUUGGAAUAUAUUUUAUACAGAAUUGGAAUCAAUGACUAAUUCAGUAUUUGAAACUAAUGUUGAGAUAGCAGUUCAUGAAUUCAUUCAUGGAUUAGGUUUUAUAGAUGAUUACUUCUUAAGUUAUUAUGAUUCAUUCACAGGAGAAAGUUAUAAUACUUCAACUACUUAUGAAUAAUCAUAUGUUACUUAUUUGUCAACACCAAGAAUAACUAAUUUUGCAUAAUAUCAUUUUAAUUGUACAACAUUAAAAGGAGUAUAAAUGGAAGAUAAUGGAGGAUCUGGAACUAGAGGAUCUCAUUUUGAAAGAAGUCUCUUUUAUAAUGAAAUAAUGACAGGUUCAGAUAUGACAGGAAACUUUUUAAUUACAGAUUUUACAUUUGAAUUAUUGUAAGAUACAGGGUAAUAAUUUAUUAUUAAUAUUUUAGAUUUUAUAGAAUAGCAGAUUAUUCACCUGAUUAAUCAAUGUGGGGUAAAAAUUAAGGAUGUGAAUUUGCAGAAAAAAAAUGUAAUGGAGGCAGUUUUUCAGAAUUUUGCACUGAAGAUAAUUCUUAGGGUUGUUCAUUUUAUAAAACAGGUGUUUCAAAAUGUACUUCAGAAAAAUUAUCAGGACCUUGUAGGUAUUUUUACAUUAAUUCUGGCUUUGAUUGCAGAGAUCCUGAUAAUAUUGAAGCUUAAAAAUCAUCUGAAUUUAUUUAACAUUUUGGAUUUGAUAGUAUGUGUAUUUCUGGAUCUGUUUCAAAAAAAGAAACUUAUUCAAAAUUCUCUUGCAUCUAAUAUAAAUGUGAUCUAAACAAUAAAUUAUCACUUGUUAUUGAAGGAUAAGAAUUUGAUUGUUCAAAAGAAGAAAAUAUCAAACUUCCUGAAUCUUAUUAUGGAAAUAUUACAUGUCCUUCAAAUUCUUCAUAAUUUUGUUAAAAUAGAGAUGGAUGUCCUAAUCUUUGUAGUUCAAAAGGGUUCUGUAUGAAUAAAGAAGUAUUCCAUUAUUUAAAUAUUAAAGUGUGUUUGUAUGGUAGGAUACUCAUCAGAUGAUUGUAGUGUAGAAUGUACCAAAUAUAGAUACAAAGGUAGUUGUUUAGACCAAUGUCCAGAUUCUACUUAUGUAUACGAAAAUAUUAAGUAUUGUGUUGGAUGUCCAGCUGUAUUAAUUAUUUCUUAUAAUCUUAGAAUUGUUUGACAUGUACAAAUUAUAAUUAAUGUACAUCAUGUAAACUAGGUUAUGUUUUAAGAGGAUCGUUUUGUGAUAAUUAUCAAUUGAUUGAUCUACUUACAGGUAAAUUACCAAUUUCAAAUUCCGCAUCUAAUAAUUCUACCUCUAAUUCAACAAAUACUGAUGCUAAUUCAUCUGAUACUUAAAAUAAUAAUAAUACAAAUACAAACGUAGAUACAACUAAUGAUCCAAUCACUGAAUCAAAUACAAAUAAUACAACUACAGAAACUAAUGAUACAAACACAGAAACGAAUGAUACAAACACAGAAACUAAUGAUACAAACACAGAAACGAAUGAUACAAACACAGAAACGAAUGAUACAAACACAGAAACAAAUGAUACAAGCACAGAAACAAAUGAUACAAACACAGAAACAAAUGACACAACCACAGAAACAAAUGAAGAAGUAGAUAAUACAAACACAGAAACAAAUGACACAACCACAGAAGUAAAUGAAGAAGUAAAUAAUACAAACACAGAAAUAAAUAAUACUAACACAGAUACAAAUACAAAUUCAAGCACAAAUACAUUUACCAAUAAAAAUUUUAACUAAACUGAAAAAGCAUAAAAUUCUUAAGGUUUAAUAUAUCUGAUUAAUAUAUUUUUGCUUGCAUAUUUUUGA